AUGAAACAACAAACACGACGUCGUUUAAACAAAUUUGAGAUUCUGAAAAUCGACGACGAGCAGGAGACAGUGGUGGAGUUACUAGGAGUGCUAGGUCGACGUCCAUGGCUUCCCAUUGUAGUCUGUUGCAGCUCUCGAGAUGAACUCGACGCAGUCUGCUCCUCUUUAUCCACUCUUCCUUACAUCUCCUUUGCUGCUUUGUACAGUGAUCUGGGAGAGAGAGAACGAGCUAUGGUUUUAGAGAAAUUCCGACAAGCAACCGUCAAGUGGAACCAGCAACUUAACUCUGCAGUAGUAGAAGAAGGUUUAGAAGAGAGUGAAACCAGAGAAGAAGGAGAAGAAAAGAAUUCUCAUUUGGUAGUUGUGACUGAUGUUUGUCUUCCUAUGCUUUCAUCUGGAGAGUCUUCUCUUUCCUCACGAGUUCUCAUCAACUACGAGCUUCCUGCUAAGAAGGAAACUUAUACACGGCGUUUAACAUCUUGCUUAGCUUCAGGUGGGAUUGUUAUAAACAUGGUUGUUGGAGGUGAAGUAACCACUCUCAAAUCCCUUGAAGAGAGCAGUGGCAUUAUCAUCGCAGAGAUGCCAAUCAAUAGAUCUUGUAACAAACGCAUGGCUCCUACGACCUGA